UUCGUACACAGUAGAUCGUGAACUGUAGGGCCAAAUCUGCCUUUGAAGACCAGCACACCUAAAUGCCAACAGAUACUGACGGACCAUCAGUUUCAUCCGGCGGUAGAACAAAUGAGGAUGCCUCGCAGUUUUGGACGAGGCCAGAGUUGGCACAAAGUCCAAAUGUAACCCGGGAUGCUUCCGGGACUUCGACCAUUGUUCCAGAAAGUGAACGAGAACAGACUUUCGUCUCUGCUGCUAGAAGAGCACUUGCUGCAUAUCGUCCAUCCUCACUGAAUGUUCUGCGGGUCAGCCAGCUGGACGCAGAACUUUUGGACGCAGAGUUGACCAGUGUCGUAAAAGAACAGUUCCUUGCUAUAUUCUCGCUCUUCAAGCCGACCCUCAAAGAGAAAUAUGAGCCCGAGUUUACCGCCCUGCUACAAUAUUUGAUGUGCCAUCUCUCUAUUUAUUCAAUGGGUGCCUCCUAUGGCCUUCAGCUGCAAAAUCUAAAGUACCGGAAUGAAGCACGGCAUUCUGGCAGAUUGGAGGUUUCCGCAAUAGAUGCUCCCCUCAGUAAAUGGCAGAAGAUGGCUCAUGCCUUGCUUUAUAUUGGCGGGCGAUGGGGCUGGAUAAGAGUAAAUAGACAUGCAACUACGCAUGAAUGGAGUGCACAGCCGGAGCGCGACUGGCGGAACCGUGUGUGGACGUAUCUCCAGAAGGCGGAAAAUGUGUACAGGGCGCUUUCUCUAGUGAACUUUCUGGUUUUCCUCUACAAUGGAAGAUAUCGAUCGUUAUUGGAUCGAGUACUGCGAAUGCGUUUAGUGUAUACUCGGCGGGAGAUGGCGCGUCAAGUGAGCUUUGAGUUUAUGAAUCGACAACUCGUCUGGCACGCAUUUACGGAGUUCCUUCUUUUCCUAGUACCUCUGGUGAAUGUAGAGCGCAUCAAAAAUACUAUUAUCCGCGCCAUUUCUGGCCCUGUGACUGUAGACCUCCCUGACCACAUCUGUGCGAUUUGCCAUGCGAAAGACGCCCCAAAGACUGUAGUACAUACCCCUUAUCGAACAAACUGUGGACAUGUCUACUGCUAUUAUUGCAUUAAGACGAGUAUAAUGGCGGAUCACUCGUUCCCAUGUCCCCGCUGUGGGCAAAAAGUGGAAGAAAUAUCCAGAUGUACUUGAGGACCAUCUAUUAUUCCCGCGGAAGCUCGCUAUGCUUUACUUUUUGGUUGGCGUUUUCCCCCGCGUUUUGGACUGGGCCGUUCCCGGUGCGGUCGCCUUUCCGCCCUUCCCCUUUGCACCCUUUUUCCCUUUAGCUGACUUGACGGUCUUGGCGCUUUGCUGUAUAUUGUUGUAAAUUAUUAGAGUGGUUGUCAUAUGCAUUAUAUCAAUAGAGCAUACCUUCUUCGCCUCC